GGGAGCACAGGGCUGAGGAGCAGUCGGAGCCGGUGCGGUGAGCUGCCUGCAGCGGGAGAGGCGCCGGCAUGGACACGCUGCCCACCUACCACGGCAGAAUCUCUCGGGAGGCUGGGGAGAAGCUGCUGCUGGCCGCGGGCAUGGAUGGCAGCUACCUGCUGCGGGACAGCGAGACCAUCCCAGGAGUCUACUGCCUGUGUGUGCUGCAUCAGGGUUACGUUUAUACCUACAGAGUGUCCAAGACAGAAACUGGGUCCUGGAGUGCUGAGACUGCACCCGGGGUCCACCGGAGGCUCUUUCGGAAAGUGCACAACCUCAUUUCAGCCUUCCAGAAACCCGACCAAGGCAUCGUAACACCCCUGCAGCACCCGGUCCUCAACCACGCCACGGCCAGCUACACCCCAGGGAGAAAUGAAGGCCAUGACUUCCACCUGCAACCAUCAUGAAGACAUUUCCCUGUGUGACAUCAUAUCUUCCAAUGUCUCCUCUAGUCCGUGCUCUAGAACAGUUUAUAUGAUGUUAAACACAACUCCGUGAGUUUUCUUGUGACAUUGGCAGAAAUGUGUAUGUCAUAGAAUU